UAGAGCCAUUCCUAGCUCUGUGCUUUCUUUCCCUAGGCAUGGUGGGAAGUCAGCUUAGAAACAGGGAUCACCAUGAGGGACUAUAAGGAGACUUGGGCGCGGAGCAGCGGUGACUGAGCUGCGAGCCUGGCGGGCGUGCGCCGAGCCACGUGCCCCCCACCCCCGGGCUCUUCACCCUGAUGCUGCACGGGUACUGAGCCCGUCCGGGUCGGGACGAUGGUGAAGUAUUUCCUGGGCCAGAGAGUGCUCCGAAGUUCCUGGGACCAAGUGUUUGCUGCCUUCUGGCAACGGUACCCGAAUCCCUAUAGCAAACAUGUCUUAACGGAAGACAUAGUACACCGGGAGGUGACCCCUGACCAGAAGCUUCUGUCUCGGAGACUCCUGACCAAGACCAACAGGAUGCCACGUUGGGCAGAGCGACUCUUUCCUGCCAACGUUGCUCACUCGGUGUACAUCCUGGAGGACUCGAUUGUGGACCCACAGAACCAGACCAUGACCACCUUCACCUGGAACAUCAACCACGCCCGGCUGAUGGUGGUGGAGGAACGAUGUGUUUACUGUGUGAACUCUGACAACAGUGGCUGGACCGAAAUCCGUCGGGAAGCCUGGGUCUCCUCCCCCUUAUGUGUCUCUCGAGCUGUCCAGGAAUUUGGCCUUGCCCGGUUCAAAAGCAAUGUGACCAAGACGAUGAAGGGCUUUGAGUACAUCUUGGCCAAGCUACAAGGGGAGGCUCCUUCCAGAACACUCGUUGAGACAGCCAAAGAGGCCAAAGAAAAAGCAAAGGAGACGGCACUGGCAGCUACAGAGAAGGUCAAGGACCUGGCCAACAAGGCCACCACCAAGCAGCAGCAGCAGCUCGUGUAGCUGCUCCCUUCCUCUCCCUUCUCACUGUACUUGAUUAUUAAAGAUGCGCCUCCAGCCCUC